CGCGCGUGCGGACCACGUGAACGCGCCUCAUAUAAUCAACCAGUAUUGCGUAGUGGACGGCGGCUCGUUACACUCUUGCCAUGAGCUUCUCUCACGACGACUUUGGAUGCUUCGGAACGUGCUCGACAUGUUUGCCAGCGUGCUCGUCUUGGUCGCGUUCAUUCUGAGCCGACGAGUGUGGUUUUGUGCGGCUGACUUGUGCAACUGGAGCGGGAGUGGCUUUCCAGUCGGCGGAGACGCCAGGAUGGUGCUUCAGGUGCGAUUGCGCUGCACAGAAGGCUCAGUCAGGUGGCUCUACCCGGGCCAAGCUCUGCGCGUGGUCCUGGAGCCCAACCUGUUCUCCUCGGCCAGGCGCAACAUGCUCUGCAUCAAAGCAUCGCCCAGCUUCGGCGGCGCCAGCCUGUUUAUCGACCGCGGCGGAGAGCUGGAGCCGCUGGUGACCGACGGCGGGCGGGCGCAACACGUGAGCUGCAUCGGGGCAGAAGGGACACACGUGCCGGCCAUCUACAUCCAGACCAGCCGGCCGGGAGGUGAAUCAUGGAGCCCACGUCGGAUGGGCUUCAGAUAUGAGCUGAUGGCCAACAGGAGCGCCACACCCGGUCCGGACCACAUGAGUGAGUUUCCUCCUUUCAUCUGUGUGGCGGUGAAGGUCCAUCGGCAGCGUAGCGGCGUGUUUGAGCUAGAGGCGACAACUCCUGGAUCAGCUCGGGACGUCCCGUUGUGGCGCGGCGUUAUCCUUGCCCACCUCCAGUGCGGCGUGAAGCCCGGAGAGGGAGAAUUCCUUUUCACGGGCUCGGAACACUUCGGGGACGGUUGGUUGGGUUGCGCUCCGCGUUACAAAUACUUCGUGUCCGUCUACCGGACUGCCAAGGCCAGGCUUGUGAAUCCCUGCGAUUUCCCUUUGUGAUGACGGGCCGUUAUAACGCCUGUCAACUGUCGAGAUGUGACAAUUCACGGGUGUCAAAUCUGUUUGCAUCACGGGCCGCAUCGUCCGAGAUCACGGUCGAACAGUUCAGCAAAAAGGAUGAUUUGUUACGUACCUUUGUGUUAAGGUCAGUGUUGGUUUCACACUAGGGGACAGUCGGGAUCAAUAUGCAAUUGCUUAGAUGAACAGCUUCAAUCUUUUCUUUUUAGGAAAGCGCAGCAGCAAUAGUUUGUCUUCUUUUUUGGAAACAAAUUUGGUACGAGAUCUGAAGACGGCUACGCCGUUCGCCCAAUAUUUUUGUCUUAUCCAUUGCUCUUGCUGUCCCUCAAUAGAUUGUUUCUAUAUGUUUGUGCAAUUUU